GCCCAUCCGACCAACCCCAUAGCUGCCCCAAAAACCACUAUGUGGUUGGUGAAAACCACUCUCUCUCUCUCUUAAAAAAACCACUCCUAAACCCACCACCCACCCACUACCAAAUCCUUAAAAAAAAACUUUAAAACCCCAUCAUCCCAUCACCCCUCUCCUCCGCUCUACCCUCCCGGAUCCCCAAAUCACCACCUAACCAUGUCGACCGAACUGCCGCCGCAGACGGAGGCGCCACCGCCCAACUUCUGGGGAGACAUGCCGGAAGAAGAAUACUACACAUCCCAAGGCGUCACCAACACCAAAUCCUAUUUCGAAACCCCCAACGGCAAAAUCUUCAACCAAUCGUUCCUACCCUUGGAUCGACCCGUAAAAGGCACCGUAUUCAUGACCCACGGGUACGGAUCUGAUACGGGUUGGCUCUUCCAGAAGAUCUGCAUCAAUUACGCCACGUGGGGCUACGCUGUCUUCGCCGCCGACCUCCUCGGACACGGCCGAUCCGACGGAAUCCGAUGCUACCUCGGCGAUCUCGAAAAGAUCGCCGCCACGUCGCUGUCGUUUUUUGUGAGUGUUCGACGCAGCGAAGAGUAUAAGGAUCUGCCCGCGUUCUUGUUCGGCGAAUCUAUGGGCGGCGCCGCCACCAUGUUGAUGUACUUCCAAUCGGAGCCUGACACGUGGACUGGCUUGAUUUUUUCUGCUCCACUGUUCGUCAUUCCCGAGAACAUGAAACCAUCCAAGGUUCAUCUGUUCAUGUAUGGACUACUAUUCGGGCUGGCAGACUCAUGGGCUUUAAUGCCGGACAACAAGAUGGUGGGAAAGGCAAUCAAGGACCCAGAGAAACUAAAGAUCAUAGCAGGAAACCCUAGGCGAUAUACUGGGAAGCCGAGGGUUGGGACGAUGAGGGAAAUAGCCAGGGUGUGCGAGUACAUACAGAGCAACUUCCACAAGGUGACAACUCCGUUCCUAACAGUGCACGGGACAGCUGACGGCGUAACGUGCCCGACAAGCUCCCAAUUGUUGUAUGAGAAGGCGGCGAGUGAAGACAAGACAUUGAAGAUGUAUGAGGGAAUGUACCACUCCUUGAUACAAGGGGAGCCAGAUGAGAAUGCUAACAUUGUGUUGGGGGAUAUGAGGGAGUGGAUUGAUGAGAGAGUGGAGAGGUAUGGGUCCAAAAUGUAAUAAUGGUAAAAUAUAUAAUAGAUAUGGUAAUUAAGAGGAUAAGAUGGGUUGUUUGGUUCUGAAUGAAGAAUUUGGGUCAGAUUUUGAUGUCAAUGUACUUUGUGUCAGAUUCUGGUCAGUCUGGUAUAUUGGGGAAGAUGAGCCCAUGAAUUGGUAACGAUGACUGUUGUGUUGUGAAGUGUUAAUUGAUACGUGAUUCUUCAUUUGUAAUAAGUUGGUAACUAUAAGGGAUCACUUUCCCACUUUUAAUUUCUGUUUAUUUAUUUGUGUUAUGCUAUAAAUUGCUCAUUUGACUUCC